AUGGCUAUCGAAAACAUAUAUAUUGCCAGACAUGGCUACAGAUCAAAUUGGCUACCAAAGGGGCCAUAUCCACCACCUCCCACCGGCAUUGAUAACGAUGUCCCACUUUCAGAACAUGGUGUUGAACAAGCACAUGAACUGGCAAACUAUAUUUCUAAAUUAGAUGUUAAACCCGAACUAAUUUUCUCCUCCCCAUUUUACCGCUGUUUAGAAACUAGUAGACCCACAGUGGAGGCUUUAAAAAUUCCAUUAUAUGUCGAUCGUGGGGUAGGGGAAUGGUAUAAACCUGAUAGACCCAUUAUCCCGGAACCAGCUACUCAUGAAGUUAUGAGUAACUUUUUCCCAGCCAUGAUCAAUCCGGAUUGGGAACCUAGUAUUAUUCCUAGUAAUAAAGGUGAAACAGAAGAAGAUAUUUUUGAGAGAUGUCAUAAAUUCUGGCCUGUCUUUAUUGAAAGAGUGGAGAAAAAAUUUCCAGAUGUAAAGACAAUAAUGAUUGUGACACACGCUGCCACUAAAUCUGCUCUUGGUAUGAAUUUAUUAAAAUUCCCCAAUGCUAAAGAGCCCAUUGACGACAAAGGUACAUUUAUAAGAAAUGGAAGCUGUGCUAUUGAUAAAUUUGAGUUAGUGGAAGGAGGAGAUGAAAGCAAACCAUUUGAAAAGAGAAAAUGGGAACUUACAAUGAAUGGUAAUACCUCCUUUUUAACUAAUGGGGAAGAAAUGAAUUGGACGUUUAUGAAUGCCUUUGAAGCUGGCUCAGACGCUGAUAUUAAAGCGAGAAGAGCAGCUGAAAGCGGAAAGUUAAAAAUGGAGUGA